AUGACACAGCGGCCUUUAAAAGAAUCAGGGAAAAUAGCAGCAGACGUGUUCACUACUACUAAAGGUCCAGAAACACCUGUUGUAACACAGAAAUCAACUUCUUCGACUGUCAAUGGUGAACCUGAAUCAUUCUCUAAAGAUAUGAAACCAGAGGAACCCAAAGAGGUGAAGGAAGUCAUGCAAGACAUUAAAGACAAGGCACAUGACAGAGCCAGGCAUAUAGGAAGUGACCUUAAGGUGGAACAGGGGCAGACAGUGCAGACUAAAGACCUAUCUACCAUUCCAUUUCAGUCAGAACAAGCACAGAAGACUAUUGCCAGAAAGGAGAUGACAGCAACAUCUGCUUCUAAUGGCAAAGAAAACAAAAUACCAACCGCCCAUCCAAGAAACAAAACCAUGUUGGCUGACAGUCAACAGAAACAAAGUAACUCCAGUGGAGACCAUAGGUCCCUGCACAAAGAGAUCAGAGACGACAUUUCAAAGCUUGUUAAUAAGAUGGCUAUUGGGGAUUCCAAGCACUCCAUAGAUGACAGGCCAGUGAGUGUAAUCACUCUUGCUGGUGAAAAUAGGGGAGCAUCAAUGCAUGUAGGCUUUGACACAUCAAAGAAAGAAGGGUCAAUCCACAUUCGCAGAGGCUAUAAGAUCAAACCUGAUGACAGUACCGAAGCAACAACUGAUGGAGAGGAGAGUUUCAACAGACAAUCUGACAACUCAAAUGCCAAAGAAGAUCAAGCAUCAGAGGCAUAUGUGAACAGCAAUGCACAGGGUAUCAACAACUCAAUUUUAUUCAACACAUCCAUAACGGAAGGAAAUCCUGGUGUCCACCUGAUUCACUCGCAUUGUCCAACAGAAUUAAAGAAGCUGUCUCAAAAACCAGAGCUCAUUGAGACACGAAAGGCUGAAUUCAACAUGACCCCCUCCCAAAAACUUACUCAAGAGCCUACAGUCAGAAGAAGAUGUCUCAGAGGCCUGUUUCUGGAGUCAAGUGAUUCUGACUUGGAUGCUGCGAAGCCUCGACGUCAUGGUUGUCGUGUUGGCUGCAAGGAGAAGAGUAAAGAGAACAACAUUGAUGCUCACUGA